GCUUGCCCGAUGUUGCAAACAUCAAUUUCACGACAAACGCUGGUCUCUGCCGUUGCAGUAGGGCUCCUUGUGCUCUUGUAUCAUGCAUCUAGUGUUCUAGCGUAUACUGAGAAUAUUCGAACAGACGGCGAGCCGCGAUGUUGGCCAAUGUACGGUCCAGGUUCUGUACCUGGCGCAAACAAGGAUGGGACGCUCCGACCGAUUUUCUCGUCAAUUCCACCUGCCACGAAUAUCUCUCUUUUAAUUUAUAAUUACCAGGAUAUUGAGGUGCUAGCCGACAACGGAGGCCUGUUUCAGAUAUGUGGGGAGGGAAGAACCAUAGUUGACAACAAAUGCACAGAAGCGGACCGUGGAAAGUGGGUGGUUCGGAAUGGGACAACGACAUCCACAAUUUUGAACCGUAUCGUGGAUGUCGACGCUCUGCCUGCUAAUCCAACGUUGAGAGUCAACUAUCCUGUCACUCAGACGGGGUUCUACUGCAUCGUCGCAUUGCCUGUUGCCGGGCGAAUUGACGACUAUGCAAUGCCGGUGCAAGUUGAAAAUCCAUACGGACUUCUUCCCGCAAUAGAAUAUCCCAAAUUACCGUUUUACGGCUUUUUGAGCAUAGUGUACCUGAUUAUCGGGGUUGGAUGGAUGGUUCUAUCAUUCAUGCACUGGCGAGACUUAUUGCUGAUCCAGCACUACAUAUCAGCGGUCACAAUUUUUUUGACAUUAGAAAUGUCCUUCAAUUAUGGCUAUUUUGAGGAUUAUAAUGUCUGGGGACGGAGUUCAAGUACUCUCCUGGUGUUCGUUGUUGUGCUCAAUGCUGCCCGAAACAGUGUCUCGUUCUUCAUGCUUCUCAUCGUCGCGCUGGGGUAUGGGGUCGUUAGACCGACAUUGGGCCGUACGAUGAAGAAGUGUGUGUACCUCGCUUGCGUGCAUUUCGCGUGUGGCAUUGUCUACGCUGCGAGUUCAUUACUCGUAAUCGACAUUACUAUCUGGGUUCUCUUAUUUUGCGUUAUGCCUUUGUCUAUAACAAUGACAAUUUUCUACUUUUGGAUUUUGAAUGGUAUCACGCAGUCUAUGGCUCAUCUCGAAAAUCGAAGACAGGCAGUCAAAUUGCAAAUGUACCGACGGCUCUGGCGACUAUUGGUGGCUUCUGUGGCUGUCAUCAUUUUGAUGUUUAUCGUGGAUACGGUAUUCUUCAUGGAUCGAGAUUCUCCCAACUGGCUGCCCGAUCACUGGCAGGUCCGUUGGUUCUUGCUGGACGGCUGGCUGAAUCUUUUAUAUCUCGCCGUUUUCUUGGGGAUUUGUAUUCUAUGGCGGCCGACUGAGAAUAAUCAGCGUUACGGACUGGAUGAGUUGGCUCAAGAUGACUUUGAUGAUGAUUUUCGGGUCACCAACGGGAAUACAGCUGGCCAAAAUCUCAAUCUGCGAAAAGUUGUUGCCCGGGAUGAGGAAGAAGGGUUCGGGAGUGAUGAUGAGGUGCUAAGGGACAUUUCCGAUGAAGAGGACGAAGAUGAAGACGUGAUGAAGUGGGCAGAGCAAAAUGUGGGGCCGGCUAGGUCCUCAUUGGACAGUCAAGAAGAACGACGACUGAAGGGCCCAGAGAGGGAUGGAAAAAUGCAUUGAUUCUAUCUGACAUUGCUUCCUCACAUCCACACACCCAUUUUCAUUUCGCCACGGCGGACCACAUCCGCUCUUGUAUUUUCCGAAAGUGCAUAUCCCUACACUGAUCUUCGUCUAAAUGAUUGCUUAAAGAAGAGUUUAAUAUAUGGCGACUUGUCUCGGAUAUAUUGGCUCUCGCUGGCAGAUUCGAUGCAUGUCGUGUACAAC